AUGCCCGGUCCGCUUCACUCCCGUCCACAUCCUUCCUCUUUUGUCUCCGGCCAGGAAGCACCGUCCGGGGACCAUGGUCCGAGGGUGCAGGUUUCUGACGAGAACGAGGAUGCCAUCGCCGAUAUUCACCGCACACUGACGGAGAAGAGUCUUUCUGGUGUGCAUCAGGAGUAUCCGGAGCCUCAUUCCUCGUUUGACAAGUUUCUCGAGGAACAGGUGCAAGAUGGCAAGAAACGUUCCAACCUGGGCGUCUGCUUCCAAUCGGUCUCGACCUGGGGUGAGGGAGAUGGCCACUCUGAUGUUAAGACGCUGGGUACGGCGUUGUGGCGUACCCUCACGUUGCAAGAUAUUUAUCAAUGGACUAUCCAGCCGUGGAUUUCCCCAAAGAAGCCCCAGAAUGGACGUCCUCUCAUUCGAGACUUUUCCGGCGUUGUCGAGAGCGGAGAAAUGAUGCUUGUUCUGGGCCGCCCUGGAGCGGGCUGCUCGACAUUCCUUCGCACGAUCGCUGGCCACCACUCUUCGUUUAUUGGAGUGACAGGAUCGAUCGAUUACUCCGGGUUGAGCCCGGAUGAAGUUCGCAAGCACUACCGCAGUGCAGUAGCCUACGUGCCCGAAGACGAUGUGCAUUUUCCGACCCUCAAUGUGCGACAGACCCUCGAGUUUGCUUUGCAAAGCAAGACCCCCAAGCGUUUCCAAGACCGAAUCCCAAAGUAUCUGGAAAUUUACGGACGAGUCUUCGGCAUGACCCACACGAUGAAUACUCUUGUGGGUAACGAGUACAUCCGAGGUGUCUCGGGUGGAGAGCGCAAACGAAUCUCCAUCAUCGAAUCACUUGCCACCGAUUCGUCCGUGACCUGCUGGGAUAAUUCGACUCGUGGCCUGGACGCAUCGUCCGCCCUGGACUACGUCCGCAGCUUGCGCAUUAUGACCGACACAUGUGGCAAGGCCACCUUGCUCACUCUGUAUCAAGCCUCGGAUGCAAUCUAUGAGCUGGUGGACAAGGUUCUUCUGAUCGAUGAAGGACGAAUGCUGUUCCAGGGCCGAGCCAGCGCGGCCAAAGGGUAUUUUGAGGAUCUCGGAUACGAAUGUGCCGAAAUGCAGACCACGUCCGAUUUCCUGACCAGUAUUACGAUCCCAGAGCGACGCCGGUUCCGCUCGGGCUGGGAAGACCGUGCCCCCAAGGGACCGAUUGAACUGGAAGCUGCGUUCCGGCAGAGUACAGCAUUCAAAAAUGUCGAGACAUCGAUCGGAAUGUACGAUAAUCAACGAAACGGUGACAAAUCCAACGGAGCUUGCGCAUCGGAUUCAGAGUCUGGCAGCGUGGAAGACUUCAAGCGUACAAUGCAGAGCGAUAAGUCUCGCUUCGUCUCGCCCAAGUCUCCAUACACCAUCUCCCUCUUCCGUCAGAUCAUUUUGUGCGCCCAACGUCAACUGUCGCAGCUCAAGGGCCAUAUGGGUCCACUUUACAUCAAGUUGAUCUCUGCGGUGGUUUAUGGCCUGCUGAUUGGAUCAAUGUUCUAUGAUCAGCCACAGACUACCGAGGGCAUGUAUUCACGUGGCGGUGUGCUGUUUUACUCAUCCAUCUUGCUUGCCUGGCUCCAAAUGUCGGAGCUGGAAGAAGCGAUGCAGGGCCGAGAUAUACUCAUUCGACAGAAGAAAUUUGCCUUUGUGCGACCCAGCGCCGUUUGUCUGGCCCGAGUCGUACAGGAUAUGGUAGUGACUGCACUGCUUACCUUGCUAUAUCUCAUUGUCAUGUACUUCUUAUCUGGGCUGAGAUCUGACGCUGGUCCAUUCUUUGUCGACUUCCUCUUCAUCUACAUGUGUACCGUUUGUCUGACAGCCCAGUUCCGAGUGUUUGCAGCUUUGUCCAAUAAUUUUGAAGUUGCGCUGCGCUACUGUGGAGUAUCUGUCCUGUUCUGUAUCGUAUUUGGUGGCUAUGUCUUGUCUGUUGACAAGAUGAUCCAGGAUGUUCCUUGGGUUGGGUGGAUAGCGUAUAUAACGCCCGCCUUGUACACCUACGAAUCGGUCAUGGCCGCCGAGUUCCAUAAUGUCAAUUUCACUUGUGCAACAGGAUCUGUCGUUCCUGCGGGUCCCGACUACACCGACGUCGCCUACCAGACUUGUGCAUAUGCUGGCAGCCAGAUCGGUAGUACAAUUGUGAAUGGCGAUGACUACCUGGCUGCGCAAUUCGGAUUCUAUUAUAGCCAUGUGUGGCGCAACUUUGGAAUUCUCUGCCUUUUCACCAUCGCUUUUAUCCUUCUUACGUGCUGGCUGAGUGAAGUGCUGGAAUGGGAGCUGGAUAGUGCUGGCUCAAUCCAGUACAAGACGUCUAGUCGUUUGUUUAAGCGGCAGAACAAGCCCAGCAGCGACGAGGAGAAGACGCCUGUCCCAGUCGACCCUAAAGCACCUCCGAUCGGAACUUCCGCAGGAACACCAGAACAGACCCUAUCUGCCACUGAAUCCACUUUCACUUGGUCAGACCUUGAGCUCGAUGUGCAGAUUGGCGAAGAGAUGCGGAAGUUGCUAGACAACGUGUGUGGUUAUUGCAGGCCAGGAACCCUCACGGCUCUUGUUGGAGCAUCGGGAGCUGGAAAAUCGACCUUGUUAACUGCGCUCACUCAGAGGCAGAGUGCCGGUACAUUGACCGGCUCAUUGUAUGUGGAUAACCAGCCCAUCGAUGGCUCUUUUAACCGGCAGAUUGGAUACUGCCAGCAAAUGGACAUUCACGAUGAAAGCAGUACCAUUCGUGAGGCGUUCGAAUUCUCUGCUCUCCUCCGACAGAGGCAUGAUACUCCCAAAGAAGAGAAGCUUGCCUACGUGGAAACAGUUUUGCACACAUUGGAUCUCAUUGAACUGCAAAAUGCGGUUAUUGGAUCCUUGGAUAUCGAGAAGAAGAAGCGAGUGACGAUUGGAGUUGAACUCUGUGCCCGUCCGCGACUGCUUCUCUUCUUAGAUGAGCCAACUAGUGGACUUGAUAGCCAGGGUGCAACCAGCAUCGUGGCCCUGCUUCGUCGUCUUGCGGACCAAGGAUUGGCUGUUCUUUGCACCAUUCACCAGGCUAAUCAGCAGCAAUUUGAAGAGUUCGAUCGCGUCCUUGCCUUGAGCCCAGGUGGAAGCACCUACUACUUUGGACCAGUCGGCCAAUCCGGCCAGGCCAUCUUUGAUUAUUUCACAAAGAAUGGUCACCACCCACGGAAUUUCACCAAUGCUGCAGAUUUCCUCAUCGAAGUGGUAGUUGGUGGCAUGAAAGCUUCGGGGAAUCAGGUCAACUGGGCCUCUGUCUGGCGCGACUCUGAAGAUGCCGACUACAUCAAGAAGGAGAUUGCGGCCAUUCGCUCACACAAUGAAAAGACCCAAGAAAUCUCGGCAGCGCCCUCCUUGCCUCCUCUUCGCCAGCAGAUUAUCCUGCUCACACAGCGAACUUGCCGCCAAUUCUGGCGUACGGCCGAGUACCCCUACUCGAGACUCUAUGCAUCGUUCCUCCAUGCACUAAUCAACGGCCUCACCUAUCUCCAAAUCGGAAACAGCACGACCGAUCUGCAGUCAAAAGCCUUCUCCGCAUUUUUGGUUUUGAUGCUGGUUCCUGAAUUCAUCAACGCCAUCUCUAUGCGUUUUAUUCUGAACCGUGACAUCUGGCUAGCUCGAGAAGGUCCCAGUGGAGUGUACAGCUGGGUCGCGUUCAGCACUGCUCAAAUAAUCUCCGAAAUCCCUUAUGCUAUUGUCGGUGGGGUGAUUUUCUAUGUCAUGUACUACUUCAUGGUCGGACUUCCUCUCGGAUUUGCAGCAGGAUACAGUUUUCUGAUGUUCUUUCUCUUUUUCCUUUUUGCUACUUCUUGGGGACAGUGGAUUGCUGCAUUAAGUUCUGAUUCGAUGGUCGCGGCUACUUUGAUGCCAUUCUUCAUCAUCAUGUGUGAGCUUUUCAACGGCAUUCUGCGCCCUCACCAGCAAAUGCCUGCUUUCUGGAAGUAUACAAUGUACUACAUCACGCCCUUCACGUACUGGAUCGGGGGCGUUUUGACCUCGGUCCUUCGCGGGACCCCGGUAGUCUGCAACGAGAGCGAAUUAACUCUCUUCCAAAGUCCGCUCAAUAUGACUUGCGGCGACUAUGCCAACUCUUGGCUUUCCUCCAAGGGAGUUGGGUAUCUUUCGAACCCCGACAGCACUGGGAUCUGUGGAUAUUGCGAGUAUAGUUAUGGUGACGAUUACCUUUCUGGAAUCGGACUGGACGACUCGGUCAUAUGGCCCUACUUUGGAAUCUUCCUUGCCUUUACCAUUGCCAACUACUUGAUGGUGUAUCUACUUGUCUAUGUGCGAUCUGUCGCCAAGUGGCGGUUUAAGUAA